GGGAGCUUGUUCAUUUUUCUAUAUAAAUAGUAGUAGAUAUAGAGUCCAACCCAUUUAGCAGACGAAAGAGUCUCGAUGGGUUCUUCAAAAACUGACACGAUGACAGAGCAAAGAGAUGCUGAGCUUCACAUAGCUAUGUUUCCAUGGCUGGCCUUCGGUCAUAUACUUCCAUACCUAGAGCUUGCCAAGCUCUUUGCCCAAAAGGGUCACCAAAUCUCUUUCAUAUCAACCCCAAGAAAUAUCCUACGCCUUCCAAAGCUCCCUCCAAAUCUAUCAUCAUUGAUAAACUUGGUCAAACUUCCAUUACCCUCUUCAAAGUUUAAUCUCCCAAAUGACGCCGAAGCAACCUCAGACUUGCCCAGAGAAGAAGUCCCACUCCUCAAAAGAGCCUACGAUGGUCUCCAAGAUUCCCUCUCCGAUCUUCUCCGCUCUUCCAAACCAGAUUGGCUCCUUUUCGAUUUCGCGGCUUACUGGGCACCCGAUAUGGCCAAAGAUAUAGGCCUACGAAACGCCUACUUCAGUAUAAUAACAGCGUCCACUCUUGGAUAUGUCGGGGCAGAGAUUCCCGAUUACCGGACCCAACUGGACGAUUUUCUCGUUCCGCCCAAAUGGGUUCCCUUCUCCACAAAGGUCGCGUUACGGAGAUUCGAGGUUUUGAAAAUAUUUGAGGAUUUGACUGGCUACGACGACGACGUUUCUGUUUGCUACCGUAUUGCCAAAGCACUUAGAGGCUGCGAUGUGGUGGCCGUUAGAAGUUGCUGGGAGUUGGAGUCGGAAUGGUUAAACCUCAUGCGAAGUAUUCUUGGGAAACCAGUUCUCCCUAUCGGUCAACUUCCGCCGGAACCAUACGUCGGCGAUGUCGACGGCGAAAACGACGACAGCUGGAGCUCAGCCAAGGAGUGGCUUGAUGACCAGCCGAAACGUUCUGUCGUAUACGUAGCGUUUGGUAGCGAGGCCGUACUGAGUCAAGAUGAACUUACUGAGAUAGCUCUUGGCUUAGAGCAUUCCGGGUUCCCUUUUUUCUGGGUCCUAAGGGCUGAUCCCGAUUCAUCUGUCGAGCUUCCAACCGGGUUCGAAGAUCGAACUAGAGGACGUGGAAUAGUGUGGAGGAGUUGGGCUCCUCAGCUGAAGAUUUUGGGUCACGAUUCGGUCGGAGGAUUCUUGACUCACUCCGGGUGGAGCUCGGUGGUGGAAGCUCUUCAGUUUGGGAUACCCCUUUUGUUGCUGACAUUCACAAAUGAUCAAGGUGUGAAUUCGAGGGUCUUGGAGGAGAAAAUGAUUGGAUAUUCAGUGCCGAGAGAUGAAAACGACGGGUCGUUUACGAGAGAGUCAGUGUCCGAGACUUUGAAGCUGGUGGUUGAGAAAGAAGAGGGAAAGGUUUACAGAGACAAGGCUAAGGAGAUGAGUCCCAUAUUUGGAGACAGGGGAGCACAGAGCAAGUACGUGGACGAUUUUCUUCAUUACCUGAAAACUCAUUGAAUACGUCCAGCUUUAACCAAGUCCUAUAAUAUUUGUGUAAUAAUAAACAAACACAUUAUAUAUGUUUUUAUCAUCUUAUAAUUAUGAAGCACUUGUAUGAAGUACAUUUAGUACAAAAGAUGAUGCAAUGUGGUGUUUUAAUCAAGAUCGCUGCCUACUUUUCAGUAAUUCCAUAAAACUAUUCUAUUGAUCCAAUAGGACUUCCACAU